CAAGAAGAAGUGCGGCGGUGAUGGUGAUGACGCAGCGCUCAUUGAGGAGUGCUUCACGCGUCCAGCAUUGGCUCGAUCGGUUGUGCUCGAGUUAAAAUGGCUUCGUCCUUUUGGAAAGGUGUUGUCGGUGUAGGCCUUUUCGCCUUGGCACACGCAGCUUGUUCAGCGGCACAGCACCGAUCCUACAUGCGCCUGACGGAAAAAGAGAAUGAAACGUUACCUAUAGAUGUAAGUUGCAAACAAAUACCAGGGAUUUAUCAUAUUGGAUCACAUGCAUUUGUUUUCCUCAAAACAGCUUCUCUUGUGCUGUGUUUUCAGAUAGUGUUACAGACUUUGCUGUCGUUUGUGAUCACAUGUUAUGGCAUAGUGCACAUCUCAGGCGAGUUCAAAGACAUGGAUGCUUCUUCAGAGCUCAAAAACAAGACAUUUGACACAUUGAGAAAUCACCCGUCGUUCUACCUGUUCAAUCACCGAGGCAGAGUACUCUUCAGCGCUCCCGAGCAGGAGCCCUCCACUCCGAGCCCCCAUGGCUUACCAUCCAAUCCCCUGCGGUUACGCAAGCUGGAAAACUUUCAUUGAGACUGGCCUUCUGUGGGCUGCCUUGCCCGGUUUCAUUUUGUUUUUCUUAAAUUUAUUUGUUAGCUCCUCGGUUGGAAGGAAAAUAAGCAUAUUUUCCUGUCUUAUGUAUAUGUGAAUAUGCUGUACAAAUACGCAUCUCUUGUGGUUACUAUUUGUCAAUGGACUGUGCCAACUCCUUUUCCAGCUGAUAUGUUUGUAAAUACUUGUGAUUGCUUGGGAGUCUUAAGUCUAGGUUACGGCUGUAGCCCUCCGGUUGGCUGUCGCGCACAGGGCACGGAUCCUACCAUGUACAACGUUGGUUUGCCAUGUUUUUUGGCUAAACUGAACCCCCAACUGCAACAGGUUCUUCCCUGUACCCUUUUUAAUUGAGGUCGAUAUUGUGGACCAUGAAUUGUUUUUUUUUUUGUUCAUAAGCAGUAGCUCUCAAGUUUUAACUUAUUUAAAUAAUACUGAUAAUGAUUAAAACUAUUUAAAGAUGUCUGAGCUGGGCCACAAUAAAUGUAGAAUAAUAUUAAUUCUAACAAUACUGUGAACACUCCAUUUUGGAGGGGGGUGGGCAGAGGUUAAUGUUUUCUGAUUUAUUUCAUGUUGAGACAACUCCUUAUUUUUACCUUAAUAAAUUCUAAAAUUUUGUUGAUGAAUUUGUAACUUGCAUUAAAACCACUUAUUUUUGCCCCUUCAUUUUAUAAGUUUAGGUUAUCCUGAAUGUGUUUGAAACUAAUGGAGAUAAUGAUUAAUUGUUCAUUUUACGCUAUAAAGAUUGUUAUGCAAUGUCAAGACUUGCUAACCGGCCAAAACAUUUUUGUCAUGUUGGAUCUGGAGCAUCCAAUGACAUGGUUGUGGUAAAUCAACCUGGUUAUGCAUUGUUUUCCAUGCAAGUAAAGAAUGGGCAGUUGGUCCAGAAACGGUCCAGUUUAAGCCUGUAAUUAUACUAAUCCUUCGCUAAGCCCCCUUUUUUUGUUAGAGGAGACCAGCUAAGUAUCUGCAAUGGCAACCCACUUAUCCCAACACUAUUUAGUCUCUUUUGGUAUUAAUGUGACAUUGAUUUAAGCUGACAAAGAUCAUAUUACCUUUUGUGAGAUAAUACUUGUGUUAUUAGUACAACUUUACAGUAUUUCUACUGCUGUAGUUUUACUUUGACAUCAUAAACCAAAUACUUGAGGCCCGUUCACACCAAAGGGAAGACUAAAAGGAUAAUGUAUAGUAGUAAAAAUAGUUUUGAUUAUAAAAAAAUGUCGGAGUCUACACCAGUCACAGAGAAACAAUAUUGUUGGAAUCAAUUCAGAAGGAUUUGUUUAAAAUGAGGAAUGACAAUAAAAAAACAGAGUUUUUAA